UGUGUUAAACAUCUCUCCAAAAUUAUGUCGUCAAAUUGUGUAAACAAUCUACCUCCAUUUCAAAGAACAUCUUCAAUCAAACGAAAACGUAAUCAAACAAUAAAGUCACUCAAAGGAUUACGUAAACAUACUGGAGAUAGAGUACAUUUAAAAACAUCACAAAAUAAUCGUCAUUUAAAACCACAUCAGAUAGAAUGUGAACGACUCAAAGAAAUUUUGCCAACUGUUGCAAACUGUGAAAAAUUAGAUGAAGUGAAAAUUAUUCAAGAAGCAAUUAAACAUAUAAAUUAUCUGGAACAGGCUGUACUUCAGCGAUUAAAUAUUGUGAAUACACAGACAACAAUAGAAAACAGUAUUUCAAAUUCAUCUUCCUUGCUACCAGCAUUCAUUUUCAAAUUAUUAUCCAGUCGAAAUAAUCCCUCCCAGUCAACACCCGAAAAGAAUCAACCAAUGCAUACACCUCAUACUGAUCCUAAUUAUAAAAAUCAAUUUAUCAGGAAUAACAGUGAUACAAACUAUCAAAACAACAACAACAACAUUUUAUCAAAUAUGUAUGAUGAUGUGUUGAAUUCCAGUGGAAGUACACCAUACCAGACUGAUGAGGAUAUCGACCAAAUGAAUUAACAAAUAUUUUGAUGUUUUGAUAUAACUGUACAGAAAUUCAAAUUUUUAGAACACUGGCGCCUUGUAAAUAAAAUGGCUAAUACUUAAACAAUUAAAACAAUUAAAUUGUAUAUAUAUUAUUGUAUAUAGUGGUAUAUAUAAUUUUUUUGAAUCAAACAAUUAAAAGAGAUUUUCAUGAAUA